AUGGAUUUCUCAGCCCUUCAGUCCAGACCUUCCACAGCAGCCUACUUCCCACUCCACCGAACCCAAUUACACCCACGCAUGCAUUCUUUCGCUUCACCCUACCCACCACAACAGCAAAGCACCAAAUCCCAAAAAACCCACAAAAUUUUGAUUGUUUUAGCCACCCUUUUCACCAUACCUUUCCUGUUUUACCUUUUUUCUACAGCCCAAAAGAUCCACCAUUCCUCCAAGUUUGCCAACCCGAAUACCCGCUUGUUUAGUGUUGUUAUUGAUUCGAGUCGGGCGGGGUGUAGAGUCCGGGUUUUUCAGUUGUUAGGGGAGGGGAAUGUGGGGUUUAGUAAUGGGCAGUUGCCAUUGGUUACUGGGUCAAUGAAGGUGAGGCCUGGAUUGGGUGGGUUUGUGGAGGAUCCUGAUAAUGUGGGUGGGUUGAUUGAGGGUUUGGUUGAGUUUGCAAAAAUGCGGGUUCCGAGGAGGGAGUGGGGGAAUGCUUGGGUGCAAUUGAUGGUUGGGGGUGAGGAAAUGCUGGGUUUGGAAGGGAAGGUGAAAGAGAGAAUUUUGGAGGUGUGUAGAAAGGUUUUGAGAGUGUCAGGGUUCGCAUUUAAGGACGAAUGGGCACACGUUAUUGAAGAACAAGAAAGGGGUGUUUAUUCUUGGGUUGCUGUGAACUAUGUUCAUGGAACUAUGGGAAGUGAACCUCACAAAACCACUGGGAUCGUUGAACUUGGUGGCAAUUCUUUGCAGAUUACAUUUGCCUCAAGAGAAGCAGAAAAAGUGCAAUCUUCACGAAGGAUCAAACUGGCUGGAGUUACUUACAACCUUCAGGCACAAAGCUUACCAAAAUUUGGCCAGGAUGCAGCAUGGGAAUCAUUGCAUGAGCAACGCAGCUCUAGAGAUAUGAGUUCAUCAUCAAUUUAUAGGGAGGGAUUUGUUGGUAAUCCUUGCAUUCCAAAAGGAUAUGAGCUGCCAUCCAAUAUAAGUGACCCAAAACUUCUGAUGUCUCAUGGAGCUGGAAAUUUUACCGCAUGCCGACUUGAAGUUUUGGGAUUGUUGAAGAGGAAACAAGAGAAAUGCUUGCGUCCACCUUGCAACAUCGUCUCCCCUUUUUUCAUGGAGCUACAAGGCAAGCCUGUUUCUCAAGACAACUUAUUCUAUGCUUCCGAGGCAGCUGGGAAACACUACUGUGAAGAUGAAUGGGAUGAACUGAGAGAUCAGCAUCGUAGCAUUGAUGAUUUGGAUCUGUUGAGAUAUUGUUUCUCUUCUGCCUACACAGUAGCGCUGCUGCAUGAUGGCCUCGGAAUAUCAAUGAAUGAUAAAAGAAUUGGAUUCGCAAAUCACACUGGCAGUGUUCCUUUUGACUGGACUCUUGGUGCUUUCAUCUUUCAAUCAAUGCUGCAGCCUCUUGAAUCGGAAAUCAAUAACCCUGAUGAGAUUGUUGGAAAUCAGAAGAAAUGA